CCGUCGUUCGGAUAAGAGAAAGACCCCAACGCCGAAGUCGACCGGCUUGUCAAUGCUGAAUCAUCGUGGCGGCACGCCUUUCCUGCACUAAUUGUUGUUGGCCGCUUAUGGGACCUGCACUCUAAUGUCGCUGUCCCUCCUCAUAAAAUAUUCACCGUCCUCAUUUUCUUCAUAAAGUUCUCCUCUUUUCCUUUCUUUUGGGACCGUAAUAUCGUUUUCGUGUUUCUUAUGUUUGGCGCAUUUCUCGGGUUCAAGCACGUUCGUCCCAUUAAUCCGAACAUCGGUUUGUUGUCCAAGUCCUUUCUUGUCAGGUGAUUCAUCUGUAAAGUUGAUCUCUUUCUCUUUCCCCGGGGAAAGAAUGUCUGGAUUCGGUGUCGGAGAAUGUUCAGCUAUUUCUGGGUUUUGACUUUUGGCGAGGAAUCGUUCGAAGGGGAUUGUCAUCGGCGGAUUUCAGUAGUGGGUAUGAUGUAGAAUGAAGAUAUUUGGAUGAUGUGGUGAUCAAUUCGUGAACUUGGGGGCGUCUGGAUCAAGAAUGGUGCUCUAAGAGAGAGAGAGAGCAAUUUGCCGCUUUUUAUUUGGUUGCUUCUCGGGUGGGUCUUCGUAAUCCACGAACACGGAAGUGAUUGUCAGAGUGUCACAUCAAAGCUCAAUUCUUCUUUUUGUGUUUUUAAUCUCUUGUUUUGUGCAUUGUAGUAGGUUGAUCUUCAUUUGCCCAAUCGGAACUGGCCCUUUUAUCUCUCUCCUUCUCUCUCGUAGGAACCACCAAGAAGUGAGAUUCUUUCGUUACAACCAAUUCUUGCGUGUGAUUGUGAUUUCUGUGAGAGACUCUGUCGCCGGUUGUUGUUAGUUUGGUGAAGUUGCAGGAAUUUUUCUUUUUCCAUUUUCUUUAACCCAGAUAAACGCGGUUUUCUCAUUUCUCUGAGUACCCUAACUUAUUAUCAGCUUAUUGCACAGACCACUUAUGAUAAUCAGACCUCUUUCGAUAGUGUCCUCCUCCAAAAUUUGUGAGUCCUGGUAAAACCAAAAAAAAAAAGUUCUCCCUUUGCCAAGACUCUUUAUCUUUGAGGGGUUGCUUAAUCUGAAAGGAUCAUGAGGCUGUUGAACCUCAUGGGCAAUUCUUUCGGAUGCUCGGCAUCGGGAGAACGCCUAGUUUCGGCAGCAAGAGAUGGCGAUCUGCAAGAAGCGAAGGCUCUAUUGGAGUAUAAUCCUCGUCUUGUGAGAUAUUCGACUUUCGGGGUUCGAAAUUCGCCUCUCCAUUAUUCUGCAGCCCAAGGCCACCAUGAGAUAGUUUCGUUGCUGCUCGAGUCUGGAGUGGAUAUCAAUCUCAGGAAUUACCGCGGUCAGACUGCUUUGAUGCAAGCUUGUCAGCAUGGUCACUGGGAAGUUGUUCAGGCUCUUAUUCUUUUUAAAGCUAAUAUUCACAGAUCAGACUAUCUAAAUGGUGGUACCGCCCUUCACUUGGCUGCUUUGAAUGGCCAUACCCGGUGCAUCCGACUCCUCCUAGCUGAUUAUAUUCCUAGCAAUCCUGAUGUGUGGAAUAUCCUAAGAAGAAGAACCAACAGUGAGGAGCCUAUUGCAGAAUUUGAUGAAGAUGCUCUUUCGCAGGUAAUUAACAGACCUUCUGAUGGAGGCAUUACCGCACUUCACAUGGCUGCACUGAAUGGGCAUGUCGAGAGCGUGCAGUUACUCUUGAACCUGGGAGCAUCUGUUUCUGAAGUCACUGUAGAAGAUGGGACUACAAUUGAUCUGAUAGGUGCUGGAAGCACUCCACUUCAUUAUGCUGCUUGUGGUGGAAGUGUCCAGUGUUGUCAGGUAUUGAUUGCCAAUGGUGCGAGUCUGUCGGUCGAAAAUAUCAAUGGGUGGACCCCGUUAAUGGUUGCUCGCUCAUGGCACAGAAAUUGGCUCGAGGAAAUUCUCAGCACACAACCAGAGGGCCGGACACGAAUUCUUCCCUCUCCAUAUAUAUCUCUUCCUCUUAUGAGCAUUGUUAGUAUUGCCAGAGAAUGUGGAUGGAGAGGCAAUGAUCUAUUGCUGACAUGCCAAGAUCCAUGCGUGGUUUGUUUAGAAAGGAAAUGCACUGUGGCGGCAAAAGGUUGUGAUCAUGAGUUCUGCACAAGAUGUGCCCUAUACCUCUGUUCCACUUCUAGUUCCUCAACGGUUCAUGGUCCUCCUGGCUCUAUUGCGUGCCCUCUUUGUCGGCACGGCAUAGUCUCGUUUGCAAAGCUUCCUGGGAUCAGACCGGUGGUUAAUAAGGAGAUUGCACGAACGAGUCUGUCCCUUACGUUCUGCACGUGCUCUGGGGAAGCUUCGGAGGCUGCUUCUAUGACAACCCCAUUGUGUAAGCCCGCAUUCCAAUGCACACGCAUUUCACCGUUAGGACCGUCCUUCCGGAGCUUCAGCUGCCAGAAGUUUCCGUCAAUGAAAAUUAAUGCCAGCCUCUGCAUGGGGACCCCGGACACGAGCCCCUCUCUUGUUCCUUGCAGUGUCAAACGGAAUUUGAGGACCCAACUGGUUCGAUGCUCGAGAUCUGGCUUAAGACAGUCGGUGUCUCACUCCGAGAGGAGAGGAUCAUGGUUAUCAGCGCUCAAUCAGUAUGUAACAUCAGGAAGCGGAUGCUGAAAGGUGCAUUAUUCUUGUUCUCUCCCCACGUACAUUUUCGGAGUAGUCGCUUUUCCCUUCCAUUCUUUUGCCAUCAUUUCACUCCAUCUGUACAGAAUCUGCCGAAAUUUCUCUCUUUUCGGCUUGAUAACCUUUCAACCAGCAUCCUGGGUGUCCCAAGUUUCGAACCCGGGUCUCGUCCUUGGGCCCUGCUCCCCCGGUUCACGGGGCUAUUUGCCCAGUUGACUAACUGAGCUUGUAUAUACUGAAGCCAAUACUCCGACCUAUCAAGCGAUUGAUAAGAUAUCAUGCACAUAUGGCAUACCCUUUUCUUCCCCCCAAGAUUUCUGCUAUUUACUAUGGCAAUUUGAUGACUUGGUUCACCUAAGACUCCUUCGAGCUUUCAUAUGUUAAGUUGCCAGCAUCUGUUGUUGCUCGGAUCAUAC